AAGUAUAACCUGCAGAUCUUUUGUGUGGAAAGAAGGCUAUGAGUGUAGUAUACCUUAGCUGACCUGGGAGUUAACAAAUGCAUUUUUGAGUAAAGUUAUCUGUUCCUAACAUUAGUAUUUAGACCAAUGGUUUAUGCAUAGUGAAGGUUAUUAUUUUAAAACCGUAUCUUUAGCAUGUCACAACUUGGCCCUCAAGUAUACUGUACAAUAUAUAGGAAAUGCAAUAAUAUCCUCCCAAUGCCUGUUUAAGCAUUUGUGUUACAUCUCAUCACAUUCACAAUUUGAGGGGGUUUCACAUGCACAUAAUGCCCCCAUUCUGAGUUUAAUAUAAGCCUACCUAAUAGCAGUUCAGUGUCAAAAACAAGGAACAAGUUUAUCAGUCAUCAGUUCCUUUGUUAAUGACCAUGAUGGGUGUCAAGGCACUUCAUAACACUUUAAAUUAAAGAAAUUAAGGAUUUUAAUGAGAAAAAAAUGGCAUGCCAGGUAAGGGAGUUUUCUGUAAUUCACAAUCAUACUUGCCUGAUGUUUCUUUUUGAGGAGUUUCCACAGCAGUUUUUUCUUCAUCUACACUGGAUUUCUUCUCUGAAACUGACUGUAGCUCUACUGAAGGCUUUGGCCAAAAGAAUGAAUAUAGACACCAAGGCCUUCUUUUAACUUUGUACCUUCUGCUAGGAGAAGAUAGUGCCUUCAUAUGGAUACUUCCAGUUUCCUUUUCUGUCUCAACAAGGACCACAAGGUGCAAAGUGGUUCCACCAUAAGGGCUUCACUAAGUAAGAACUUUGCAACUGGCAUUUUCAUCUCAGUUUAACCUCCUGGCCAGAAAGCUUGAUUGUCAGUUCCCCAGUCAAUAGAAGUGCUAAGCAGCAAUAAAAGUAAUAUGGCUAUAUCUUCUAGCUCUUCCAAAAUACUGACAGAAGUGGGAAUAGGGAUGAUGGGAUACAUUUAGGAGAUGGGUAGAUUGUUUCCCCAUUUAAAUGUGAAAGUCACUCAGCCUCAUGUUUAAGCUGUUAGUUGUUAUGUAAAGAAAUUAGCCAUAAGCCAUAGCAGAUUAGGCAUGUGGGCUGCAAUUGUGAUCUCUACUAUGAAGAUUAAGGUCAGUGAUUUUAUUUUAGUUGGUUUAAGUCAAUACCUUCUGAUCAUUUAGAACAUUCCUACUCAAACAGGUGAAAUAAUCAUCAUCCUUAUGAAUCAGUUUUCAGGUUUGAUGAUGCAAAUAAUCAAUUUGCAUGUAUUUCACAUGAACUGGACAAUUUUAAGCAUCUAAGAAAUCAGCUAUGAACUUUCAGGCCUUGUUUGUUAUUCAAGCCUUGUAGGCUGAAAAAAUAUAUGUGAUUUCUUUGUAUUGAGAAAUUUGUCUACUGCUGUUGAGGUGUGAUUUAGCAUGUUUGACUUAUAUCUUGUUAGUUUUAGUCACUAGAUAUGCUAUGUUAAUAUCUCAAAACUUUAACAUCUACUAUCUUUAACAUGGAAUUGUUUUUAUUGGAAUAUUUCUAAAUAUUUUAAAUGAAAACAACUCAUCACAUACUUUACAUAAAUGUCAUUUUAGAAUAAAAAACAGAAGAAACACUGAUAACCUUUAAUGUAGCCAGUUUUAUCACCCUUGAUCGAAUACCAUAUAUACUCGAAUAUAAGCUGAGUUUUUUAGCCCUUUUUAAGGGCUGAAAAAGCCCCCCUCGAAUUAUAUUCGAGUGAGGGCCCUGGCCAGCUUAUAUUCAAGUCGGCCUAUAUUCAAGUAUAUAGGUAAUCAGAGUUAGUCAGUCUUAUCUUAUUAAAGUCUUAUUAUUAUCUUAAAUUGCAGUUUUAUGUAAAUAUUGAAAAAACAUGUAACCUACUGAUGCCUCAAUUAAUGUAAUUUUGUUGGUAUCUAUUUUUAUUUUUGAACUUUAUCAGUAGCUGCUGCAUUUCCCACCCUAAUUUUAUACUCGAGUCAAUAAGUUUCCCAGUUUUGUGUGGUAAAAUUAGGUGACUCAACUUAUAUUUGGAUCGACUUAUCUAAAUCCAUAAUAAAAUCAAAAACCCAUAUGUGUGUAUAUGGCAUGCAUGUCUGCUCACAUAGGCAGCCUCCAGCCUCCACAAACAGGCUAUAGUUCAAGGAUUAAGAAUCUAGCAAGUCACUCUUUUGCACUGACAUUGCAGUUACAGCUAGCACCAUGAACAUGCAGCCCAGCCCCUGCCAAUGUCCUCCCCAAACACUACAGCCAACCACCCAAGGACUGCUUUCGUUUGGGGACCAUUUCAUCCUAGAUUUUGCUUUUUCUUUCAUCACAGGCAGGCAUCCAGGGUUCUCCAUUGCUGUGGAAUUUGCAUGGCCCCACCCACUGCCCUUUCCUUUCCAAUCUCUCUGCAUAACAAACAGAGCACAACUGAGCUGCAACUAAACUUACUGGAGGAGUUUAGGGAUUGACUCCACAUGUUGGAAGUUAUAGUUCACCCUGCAUCAAGUCAGCGCACUGUCACUCCUACUGGGGAAUAUAGAGGAGUUGUAGUUCACCUACACCCAGAAUGCUAUUAACCCUAAUAAUGAUGGCUCUCGGCCAAACUUGUCAUGCAGAGCCAAUAUGCCCUGAUUUGACUACUGCUGGAUUUGGAGGGGAACUGGACUGGAAGUUGAGGAGUAGUAGGUACUGGGAUUUAUAGUUCACCUGCAAUGAAUGAGCAUCACACUUGGCACACAGAGCCCCCAUAACCAAUACAACAUGUUGGGCAAGUUUGGUAAAAGGAGUUAUAGUUCACCUGCAGCCAUAUAAACACUGACCCCCACCGACAAUGCACUAGGACCACACUUCACACAGAGAAGCCUCAUGACCUACUGAACAUACUGCAAGUAUUUGUGGGAAGGGGCCUUGAUUUUGGGAGUUGUAGUUCACCUCCAUCCAAAGACCACUGAACCCAGCCAAUGACGAAUCUACACCAAACUUGCCACACAGACUGAAUAUUGCCUACUGUGGAUACUGAUAGAUAUUUCGGGGCAAUUAGAAAUUGCAGUAGUUCACCCCCAUCCAGAGAGUACUGCAGCACACCUGGUACACACGCCCAAAAUGGCCAACUUAGAAUACUGGCAGGGUUUGGGGAGGAUUCAGCCACGAUUCUGGGAAUUGUAGUUCACGCACUCCAAACAGAAAACAUAACAUUAAAAGACAAAUAAUACCAUUCUCAAAUGACCCGGGCAUCGCCGGGUCCCCAAGCUAGUAUUCGAAUAUAUACGGUAAUUGUAUUUGCAUUCUGUGAUAGUCACAUGAAAAUAUUAAUUUCAACUUUGGGUUUAAUCACAGAUUUUUCUUCGUGUACUCUGUGAAUGCACACUAAUGGAGAAGCUGCGCCUGCGCAGGUUCCGACGGAAACUCUUCCAAGAUGAAGUUCAAAUUUUGGCGGUAACCACGCCCCCCUUCCCAAGGGGCAUAUAAGGCAGCCCCGGGCGUCCGCUCUCCAGUUCCUUUUUUUCCGCCGCAAGGUUCACUUCGGACUCUUUGCAUGUCUACUACGCGUUUCAAACGCGGCACGCAGUGCGCUGCUAAAAUUCCUGACUCCGACGGCCACGCCAAGUGCCUCUUCUGUCUUGGGGAGGCUCAUGUGGUCGGUACCUGCCGUUUCUGCCUAGCUCUCACGGCUCAGGCCAGAAAGAACAGAGCCGCUAGGCUCAGAGCGGCGCUUUACGAGAAAUCUCUCGCUCCAGAACCGACUCCGUCGACGUCGGGUGCGUCGUCGACACCAGCUCUGAGAGCAAUGUUGGCACCAACAGCUAAAAGCCCCCUCGGUCUCGUCCAGGGUGUCCAGAACUUCCAGGGCCACUAAGUCUGCCAAGCCACCGUGUACCGUGACGAUGGCUACCAUGUCAACCCGCUCCGGAAAAGUGGGGCCUUCCUCGACGUCGAGCUCUCUCGCCUCGAUAACCUCGGUCCGCUCUCGUAUCGGCUCCCCUCCGUCCUCCUCUGCAAUCAAAAUAGCCUUUAAGAGGGCUCACGAGGAGUCUCGUCGAGCGCAAUCCGACUCAGCUGUGGUUCCUCCAACACCAGGCAAAUCCUUGAGGGUUGCAUCUAAGCAACCGCCGACAAAGAAACGGCUGACUCAACGCUCCUCCUCUUCGGCUUCCUCAAAGAGAGAUGCGCCUUCCUCCUCGGCAACCUCCUCGAGAAGGUCUUCGCCGAUUGUGCCAGCCCAGCGGCCUAGAGAUGUCUCUCAAUCUCCUCCGCAGCCCCUAUCUGACGGAGAGCUGCAGGACUCACCCCACCACUCCACCCAAACAGUGGUCAGGGUGCCAGUACCGGAGCCUCUUGCACCGCUUCACUCAUCGCGCCAACAGCUCUUUCCUCCGACCUCGACACCGGAGCGUGGCAGACAAACGGCUCACCUGGCUCGAGCGGCCCAGGCCUCAGCCUCCAAAGACUCUCGGCUCCCGGCCGUCUCCUCCCGUGAGGCUAUGCCUCCUCCCGAGACUACACUUUCCUCUCCCCCUCAGUCCCCUCAAGGUGCUGAGGAGGAAGAUGCUGACAUUGACCGCCCAGACUCUGUCCUCUCGGCCUCGGUGGUCUCUCGGCCUCGACCUUUCUCCUCCUCAUGAUGCGUAUGAGGCAGACCCGCCCUCACCUACUGACAAUAUACAUGCUUUCUCUGAUCAAAUGGUCAGAAUGGCCGACGCCCUGGGCAUGGAGAUCAAGCAGACCUCCAAAGCAGUGUCUGAUCCAGUUUUCAAAAGGGUGCAAGCCCAAGCUCCGCCAGCCACGCUACUUCCUUUCUUACCUUAUCUUUUGGACGUUAUCCAGGCCUCCUGGAAAACCCCGUCCUCUAUACCUCCGACCUCGAAGAGGAUCGAGACUUGGUACCGUACCGAUGACGAUUCCCUGGAGUGGCUGAAGCACCAUCCCGACCCUAAUUCCUUGGUCGUCAAGGCCUCCCAAUCCUCAGGUCGUCAAUCGAAUACUCCGGCCGACAGAGAAGGGAAGCGCUUCGACGCCGUGGGUCGAAAGCUUUACUCCAGAGCCCUGUUACUUUGCCGGAUGGCGAAUUACGGAGCCUGCAUGGGUGCCUACCAGCAGAUUAUCUGGGAGAAGGCACAACCCUUCUUCGCGAAACUGUCAGACGAAGACCGUUCCGUUCUUACCACCCUCCAACAGGAGGCUGACUCGCUGGCCCAUUACCAAAUCCAGAUGGCGAAACAUACCGGGGACACGGCGGGCAAGAUGAUUGCCCACACGAUUGCCAUCCGUCGCCACGCCUGGCUGAGGUCGUCCGGUUUAUCCUCAUCCUCCAGGCAGGUCAUCGAGGAUCUUCCUUUUGACGCGCUCGGACUAUUUAAUUCGGGUACCGAUUACAAACUCAAAUCAAAUCACGACUUUAAAGUUCUUGCGUCUAAAUGUGGCGACCAACCACAGGCGCAACGUACCCGCUGGUUCCCUCAUCGUUUUCGUCGUUUUCCGCCGCAAUCCUUCUGGUACCAAUCUUUCAAGCGCUCCUCGGGCUCGAACAAUCAAAGCCAUCACCAACCCGGCGUACCUGGGCUCACCGGCGUACCUGACACCAUCCUUUCUUCCCAAAACUCCUUGUCCGCUACCGCUGUAGAGCCCAUGCCGCCUCCACACCCCUGUGCCUUCACCGACCGCCUGGCUCCCUUCUACAAUCAAUGGGAGUCCAUCACUUCAGAUGCUUGGGUUCUCCGCAUUGUCCAAGAGGGCUACGCCUUAGAGUUUGCAGAGCUCCCACCUACAGGUCACGUUCUUCUUUCAACUCCUUCUCCAGAAAUACUGGCCGAAAUUGAUGCCCUUCUGGCCAAAGGGGCCAUCCGUCUCUCUCCUCCCGAACAGGACCCGCAAAGCUUCUUCUCCAGGUACUUCACGGUCCCGAAGAGGGGGGGCGGACUGCGCCCCAUUCUAGACUUAAGGGCUCUCAAUGUCUUCAUUCGCCCAUCCAAAUUCAGAAUGGUCUCUAUUGCCUCUAUUCUCCCGAUGCUGCAGCGGGGAGACUACUUUGCCUCCAUAGACUUACGAGACGCUUACUUCCACGUAGCGAUAAGGGAGGCUCACAGAUGUUUCCUCUGUUUCAAAGUCCUCGACCAAACUUAUCAAUUCACCGUUUUACCCUUCGGCCUAGUCACGGCGCCAAGGGCCUAGUCACGGUUGCCACCGUAGCGGCCCACCUGAGGCUGCAUGGCAUCAUGGUCUUUCCUUAUCUAGACGACUGGCUUCUGGUCGGGCCCGACCCUGUUCUUCUCGAACGCCACGUCUCCUUCACACUGCACCUCCUGAACUCUCUCGGUCUCCAACUCAAUACCGAGAAGUCACAUCUCACCUCGUCGACAAAAAUUCGUUUCAUCGGCGCUCUCUUCGACUCCGUUAUGCAGACCGUCUUGCUACCGCUCGACAGAUUCCUAGCUCUCCGCCACCAGAUCACCCUAUGUCGAUCCGCCCGGAGGGUCCGAGCCCGUGCCAUUCAGGUCCUUCUAGGGCACAUGGCCUCCAUGGUCCUCACGACCCCCUUCGCCAGACUGCGUCUUCGGGUCCUACAAAGGUGGUUUAUAGACACUUUCAAGCCGCUCUACCACCACAACUUGAAGUAUCUGUUGAUACCGUUGAACAUUCGCCGAUCCCUCUUAUGGUGGACGUCUCACCGAAACGUGUGCAGGGGACUUCCAUUUCAUCCGACCCAACCCUCAAUAACUAUAACCACGGACUCCUCCACCUACGCCUGGGGAGCCCACAUGAACGGCCUGACGGUCCAAGAUCUUUGGUCCCCAUCCGAAAGGACCAACCACAUAAACUUUCUCGAACUUCUCGCCAUCCUCAAAGCCCUGAAAGCCUUCUCCCGCCUCAUUCCACAAGUCCAUCCUCAUCCAAUCGGACAAUCUAGUAGCAGUCUUCUACAUAAACAAACAGGGCGGUACAGGUUCGAGAAAGCUGAUGCACCUCUCCUCCCGUCUCUGGCUUUGAUGCAUAGCCCACGAGGUCCAAGUCUCCGCGAUUCACCUUCCAGAACGACUUGGCAGAUGCCCUCAGCAGAACGACAUCCUCCUCCCACGAGUGGAAGCUCGAUCCCGAAAUUCUCCACACCCUAUUCCUCGAUUGGGGGCGGCCUACUCUGGACCUCUUUGCCUCUCCCCAGAAUGCUCAGCUGUCCCUUUACGGAGCGAGGCUCCCCCCGAACUCCUUUCCAGGCUGCCUGGGAGACGCCUUUCUACUGGACUGGUCAGCAGAAAUGCUUUACCUCUUUCCCCCCUUCCCCUCAUACCGAAAGUCCUUGAAAGGCUCCUCUUGAUCUCGGUCACGGCGAUCCUCAUAGCUCCGGCUUGGCCCUGUCAACCUUGGUAACCGGCCCUUCUUCGCCUCUCCAGAGGAACUUUUCACCCUCUGCCGCCCUCGCCACACCUGCUCUCCAUGGAGAACGGUCACAUUCUUCACCCGGACCUUCCUUCUCUUCAUCUCACUGCGUGGAGGAUUCUUACUUGACCUCCCUCCCGCAAAACCUCCAGGAUGUUCUUCGGGCAGCCCAUAAGCCGGCUACAACCAAAGCUUACACCUACAAGCUUUCACGCCUUCCUUCGAUCCCGUGGCAUCGACUCCUUUCUGACUUCGGUACCAGUAGUCCUUGAUUUUCUCAUGACUCUUGUCGAGAGAAAACUCUCUCUCACCUCUAUUAAGGCUUACCUCGCAGCUCUUUCCUGGUCCUUUCAACGCCAUGGUCAGCCGUCUCUCUUCUCUCACCACCUAAUCAAAACCUUUCUCUGGGGCUACAAUAACAUCUGCCCGCCGUCGCUUCUGCCUACGCCGGGUUGGAACCUCGAACUUGUGCUCUCUCAACUCACAUCUUCUCCCUUCGAACCACUUGCCUCAACCGAUCUCCGCUUGCUUUCGUGGAAACUGGCCUUCCUAGUAGCGAUCACUUCGGCACGACGGCCGUCUGAACUUGCUGCUCUCAGGGUCGAUGAGCCAUAUCUACGUUUCCAUCACGACCGUGCUGUCCUUCGUCCGGACAUUACCUUUCUACCUAAGGUGGUGUCAGCUUUCCACCUCAAUCAGGACAUUGUCCUACCAGCCUUCUUCUCUAAUCCCUCCUCUCCUCUCGAGCGGAGACUUCACCUUCUUGACAUUCGCAGAGCGUUUACAGGGACCGCACCAGGGGCAUCCGUAAGACUCAGACUCUUUGUCGCCUAUGCCCCGGACAAGUUGGGUAAUCCCAUUUCCUCCCAAAGGUUGUCCCAUUGGAUUGCUCAGGCCAUUGAGUUGGCUUACGAACUGGCUAAGCGCCCUCCCCCUCCAUCCAUCCGUCCGAGAUCGACAAGGGGCCUCUCGGCAUCGACCGCCUUCCUCAGGGGUAUCCCGCUCGACUCCAUUUGCAAAGUGGCAAUCUGGUCGAACCCACUUACAUUUGUUUCUCACUACAGGCUAGAUAACAAGGCCCUGAAGGACUCGGCCUUCGCAAGAUCGGUACUCUCAUCUUGCCUAUCCUGACUCUCAAACGGCCUCCUUCUUCCUAUACUCUCACCUGCCAGGUGACCCUCUAUACCUCUCCUUCAAAGCUAUGGGGCUAGUUUCUCCCCAUGUCUAUACCUCCGGGGACAUGUUUUUCCCCUAAUUGUUGUUGGGACGUUGUUCUGUAACACUUCAUUCACCCUGAUGGGUAUGUCAAAUUGUCUGAUGUUUCCCCUCUUCCCCUGGGAGAGCGUUCACAUACACUGUACUCAACUUUUGUGUUGUAUUACGUUUAUUCAGUGUUUUUUCCUGAUAAGUUCUUUCUCUUAUGUUAUGUUCAUACUGACAUUGCACUGGUCCUCUCGGACAACUUAUUGCACUGGUCUCUUGGGACUAUUAUCUCAAUGUGUCCUAAUAAACAUAUGUUUGGACAUUCA